AGAUCUAUAUUGUUUAUACACGACUUGCAUCCGAGGCUGCAGACGCCUAACCCUCACUACGGUCUUACCCACACGCUAUUGCUCACCAAGCCGCCUCGCGCUUCCGUAGGUACGCCGGUUGUGGCCCAAUCGCAGCCGAGACUGCUGAGCCUACCUUACGUCACACGCCAAACCUCGCCAUCCGGUAUCCUGGCGAGCGCCCCAUAGAAAGAUGUCUGUUCUUGCAUUCAAGGCGCUCGGUUACGGCGCCGAACAGAUACCAGACAAAUUUUUUGAGAAAAUCCCGGGCGGUUUCUUCAGGUCAGGAGAAGAGAAAAAGAACGGCAAGAAGAGUCGAUCACCGCCCAAAGAGAAGUCCAGGCGCAACAGUGAGCGAUCGCGACGAGAGCGCAGCCCUCUAAACGACCAUUCAGACUACAGCGGCCACGAUACAGAUUACGAAGAAGAGCAAAGGAGGAAAGAGCGCAGACGCCGAAAGAGCACGGGAAGAAGCACUAGUAGGAGCUUAAGUCGCGGAAGAGACCAACAGCGCAGUAGAGACGUGGAAGGAGAAUACAGCGGCAAAGACAUGGCACACGCAGAGCAAGGUCAGGGUCAAGAACCGUAUUUCCCGCCUCCGCCAACGUCCGAGUAUGCGCCAUACAACACCCAGGAACAUGCCUCCAGGCCGGGCCAGGGUGACUACCGACCAACAUCGGCCCAGCCUCAGUACAGCUACCCAACACAGGUAAAUAGUCCCUUUUGUUUCCGAAGUGCGACAGUUCCGAUGAUGGCCUCUCAUCCAACACCGGUGAACUCUUGUCCACCGCUGUUGCUGAACCGGCCGCCUUCGAACGCCCCAUCUCCUUUUGCUGGUCUGCAGCCUCACCUAUUCGAUCACCUCCAUCGUGGCACUCCAAUCUCAGCUUCUUUCUCGCCAUCCUAUGAGCCGCCUCUUGCGGCAGUAUUACGCCUCCCUCCUACUAACUCUCCCCAGCCAGCAUACGGCCAAUCGUUUCCAACACAGCCGCCCGUCAACAGAUCUGACGGCACCUCGCCGCCUGCAGUAGCUUACGGUGACGAAACUGCACAUCGUUGUGAGGAAAUCCAGCACGCAAAAGCCGGUCAAGCGCCGCGAUCAGCCUCCGCAGCGCGCUACACUCCUGGCCCUGGAUAUGCUCCUUCGCCUGCAGUGAUGCCUGCGGCUCCGAUUCCUCCUUCACCUGUUGGUGUUAACUCUCCGCCAGUUGGUGCAAAUGCGCCGUAUGCUCCUUACAACCCUGCAAUCUAUGCCGCUCACAACCCCGCCUACCCUCCUGGAAACGGAUACGCCUCACCACCACCAUUCUACCGCCAGCAAUCACGCUCUCAGCCUUCAUUCGACCAAAACCAGUAUCACUCUUCCUACAACCCCCGCAGCUCCGACCAGCAAGUCGCUCCGUACGACGACCGCCACUCCCCUAGCCGUCGUAGUAGUACCAAGCACAAUCGCCGAGAACAUCGGCAAAGAGCUAGGUUCGAUGACAUGGAUCUGCGGACAAAAAAUCUAGGGGCUACAGUGGCUGGUGCCGCGGCUGGUGCGUUGGGUGGGCAGGCGAUCGCUACUAGGAAUGUCGACCGGGCCAAAGACGAGCAUGGGCGACUCCCGUCGCGUUCGCGCUCACGUUCUCGACACCGAAAGCACGAAGAUCGCGCCCACAGCCGGGACCGGAAGAGCGGUGGAGGCCUUCGAGCUAGAAGCCGAAGUAUCAUUGACCGCUUCCGCUCAAAGUCUCGAGGACGAGAUGAUCGUGACGACCGCAGCGACCGCAGCAGACGCGAUGACCGUGAUGACCGCGACAGGCAUUACGACAGCGGCAGUCACUACGAUAGUGAUGAUCGCCGCAGACGUCGUGACAGGAGCAGAGAUAGUCGACGCCCCGAUCGUGGAUACAAGGUCCAUGAAGAGUAUGACUACUUCACUGAGUCCGAUUCUGAUGGUGACGAAUCACCUGUCGUUCAGCGUAGGAAGAAGACUGUCAAGAGAAGGGACUACUAAGCGUCUGCUACAAGACGCAGUUAAACGAAGAGAUGAUUGUAUGACUACCUUGAGUUUUUUUUUCUACUUUACGUCCAGCAU